AGAGAGCGAGAGAGAGAGAGAGAGAGAGACGCAUUAGAGAUACAGAACGGCAGGAAAAGAAGGGCUUGUUGUGAAGCUGCGGGGCUCUGGUUUAACGUUAAAAGAUGGGCAUUUCGGCCCUCGCAACCCAGCCAAAAUACAUCAUUUUACAAAGAAGAACUGAUUAGCUCACUGUCGGAUUGUUUUUGGGUUCGCUGGGUGAAUUUGUUUUUUUUCUACUUGAGUUUUCAUGAAGUUCGUUGGGAAAAUGAGGGAGGCGGCGGUUUUGUCGACGGAGAGCUUUCUCCUCUUGUUGGCCAGGACAAAAUGGCAGCAACAUAGACAGACUGAGCAUGGUGUGGGCACGGUAUAACUCCAUAACAUGUUCAGAAACGCGGUGGAUUCUAUCAUUUGUUACUAUCUGUGAAGGUAUGGCCUCACAAGUCUUGGUCUACCCACCACAUGUAUAUCAAACCCAGACAAGUGCCUUUUGUAGUGUGAAGAAACUCAAAGUAGAGCCAAGCAGCUAUGUGUACCAUGAGAGAGCCUUCUCACAGACAAAUUUGAACGGUAUAACAUUUGGUAUUACUCAUCCUAAGAAGAUUAUCAAUUCUUUUUGGACAAAAGACUCCGUGAGCAACAGACCACCUGUUCAAAACUUUUUAUUGCAGUCGAUAUCCUUGAUCAGUGCAGGAAAGGAUCCUAGUUCAAGUGUAGCACAGAAGCUACAGUUAGACCCUCGAGGGGCAGAGGUUCUAAAGAACACAGUGCAAGCAGACAGAGGUGGUGGAGGAGAAGACAGUGGUGGAGGUGGAGGUUUGAACUUGGUGGAUAGCACGCAGAGAUGCGGGCUGAAACGUAAAAGUGAGGACUUGGAGAAUAGAAGCAGCGACAUGCAGAUUGUUGAGGAACUGUCCAUGUUGCCUGCAAUGUUGCAAACAAAUGUUGGUAACCCUGUUACAGCAGUAGGUGCCUCAAAGCCAAAUACUGCUGGUGGUGAUGGGGAUUACCAGCUAGUGCAGCAUGAAGUGCUGUGUUCAGUGAAAAACACUUACGAGGUUCUUGAUUUCUUGGGCCGGGGAACCUUUGGCCAGGUGGUCAAAUGUUGGAAAAGGGGUACAAAUGAUAUAGUGGCCAUUAAAAUCCUCAAAAACCACCCCUCCUAUGCACGGCAGGGGCAGAUUGAGGUGAGUAUCUUGGCACGACUUAGCAGUGAGAAUGCAGAAGAAAAUAAUUUGGUGCGGGCCUUUGAAUGCUUUCAGCACAGAAACCACACCUGCCUCGUAUUUGAAAUGCUGGAGCAAAACCUUUAUGAUUUUUUGAAGCAGAACAAGUUUAGUCCUCUGCCCCUGAAGGUAAUUCGGCCCAUUUUGCAGCAAGUAGCCACUGCUUUGAAAAAACUGAAAAGUCUUGGACUCAUCCACGCAGACCUCAAGCCAGAAAAUAUCAUGUUAGUGGACCCUAUCCGGCAGCCGUACAGAGUGAAAGUAAUAGACUUUGGAUCUGCCAGCCACGUUUCCAAAGCAGUUUGUUCGACAUAUUUACAGUCUCGGUACUACAGGGCGCCAGAGAUCAUUUUGGGAUUACCUUUUUGUGAAGCUAUAGACAUGUGGUCACUGGGAUGUGUGAUUGCAGAGCUUUUUCUUGGCUGGCCAUUGUACCCUGGAGCACUGGAGUAUGAUCAGAUUCGAUACAUUUCUCAAACCCAGGGUUUACCUGGCGAUCAGCUACUGAGUGUGGGGACUAAAACUACGAGGUUUUUUUGCAGAGAUUCAGAUUCACUGUACUCUGGAUGGAGACUGAAGACACCGGAAGAGCAUGAGAAUGAGACUGGGAUGAAGUCAAAAGAAGCCAGAAAGUAUAUCUUCAGUUGUUUGGAUGAUAUAGCGCAUGUAAACCUGGUGAUGGACUUAGAAGGUAGUGACUUGUUAUCAGAGAAAGCAGACAGAAGAGAGUUUGUCAGUUUAUUGAAGAAAAUGUUGCUUAUUGAUGCGGAAAAACGGAUUACUCCAUUGGAGACCAUGAAUCAUCCUUUUGUUACCAUGCAGCACCUCUUAGACUUUCCUCACAGCAACCAUGUUAAAUCUUGUUUUCAUAUAAUGGACAUUUGCAAAUCAAGAUCAACCACAAAUGAUGUUGUCAUUCACAAUAAGGCCCCUUUUGUGAGACCUGUCACCUCAAGCAAUGCAAGCAAUCUGACAGUGGCAUUUAAUAAGAUUGGCACAGUCCACACUCAAGCUUUAGCGCCAUCUGCUCCAUCUGUGAUGCACCAUGGGAUUCCACUGCAGACAGGAACUGCUCAGUUUGGAUGCAGUGAUUCAUUCCAGCAAACACUGAUCCUUUGCCCUCCAACAAUCCAAGCAGGAAUUCCAAACAACCCUAAUAAGCCAACAGGUUACUCAGUAAGGAUGGAUAACACUAUGCCACUAGUCACUCAGGCUCCAGCCAUACAGCCUUUGCAAAUUCGCCCAGGAGUGAUAACUCAGACAUGGUCAAAUCGUUCCCAACAGAUACUGGUACCUGCCUGGCAGCAAAUAACUCCAGUUGCACCUUCUACUACAGCAUUAACAUCUGACACUGUGGCUGGCCCACAGAGACUUGGAGACUGGGGGAAAGUAAGGUCUCACGGAACACAUUAUAAUUCCAUGUUACCGCAACCACUUUUAACCAACCAAAUGGCUGUUUCUGCUCACCAGCCAAUAAGUAUAGGCAUUGCCCAUGUUGUUUGGCCUCAGCCCCAAGCUACUAGCAAAAGAAAUAAGCUCUGCAAGAACAGCAGGACUAACAUUUUACAUAACACCAAUUCCAAAAACUCUGUACGUCUUGCUUUGAAGAUUGCAGAAAAUGUAAAGAAUGGUGAUGCUGAAAGUUGUGUUGUAGAAGCACAGGACAAUCAGAGCCCAAAAAAGAACUAUUGUAAAGACCUUGUUAGGCAGGACCCAGAUGACACUGUUUCUAAUAAGCAAAGGCAAACUAUCAUAAUUGCAGACUCUCCAAGUCCUACUGUCAGUGUUAUCACUAUAAGCAGUGAUACUGAUGAGGAAGAUGCAGCACAGAGACACUCAUUGAGAGAGUGUAAGGGAAGUCCGGAUUGUGAAGCAUGCCAUAGUACAUUGAACAUUGAUAGAGUGUGUUCCUUAAGCAGUCCUGACAGUACAUUGAGUUCAAGUUCAUCAGACUCAAUACAGAGUAGUCCAUCUCCUUGUAAAAGAGCAAACAGCAUGUCAGAGGAUGAGCAGGAAAGUGGUUGUGACACUGUGGAUGGUUCCCCUACAUCUGAUUCUUCAGGGCAGAAUGAUAGUCCAUUCAUCGAGCGAAGAUUUCUUGAUGAUGACAACCAGAAUAAUGAAGUGAGGGACCGCCAAGAACCUGAACCAACCAAACCAGCUGUUCGUACAAUGGUGGUCCCACCCAUGAGAGUUCAGAACAAUAAUUCUAUCCCUAACGACCAGAUUGUUGAUACAGAUAGUACUUGUCAAAAUAAAGGGCGCUCUGGUCCUGGAAGGAUUAACCAUCAUCUAGCAACAAUAAAUCGCCAGCAAAAAGUGUCAUCAGCAUUCCAUCAACAGCAGCACAUUAACUUUGGACAGGUUCAACACUAUGGAUCUUGUCAUCAAGAGUGGAAUGGAAACUAUACCCACAGAAGGCCGCAGGCUUAUAUCCCACCUACAAUUCAUAGCCACACUUUCACUCUGCCUCAAGGAAGUCCCAAUCACACUACAGCUCAUACUCACCUACCAGGAAGCACUCACCUUGGAGGCCAACCAGCUAUUUUACCCUACCCUCCUUCAGCUCCUUUGGGUACAGCAGCGCCUGUUGCACAUAUCUUGGCUUCUCCUUGUACCACAAGACCUGUAAUGCAGCCUGCAGCCUACAGCAUCUCUCACCCAAGUGGUAUACUACAUCAAGUUACUGUGGGCAUCAAUCAUCGACUGUUGCCUUCCCCCACAAUUCAUCAAAACCAAUUUAAGCCUUUAUUUCCAGCACAUCCAUACAUUGCAGCAUCUCCUGCUUAUACUGGGUUUCCCUUAAGCCCAACAAAACUCAACCAGUAUCCUUAUAUUUGAGUAAUGUCAAUACUCAAAAGUGUAUAAACACUUGGUUUUACAAAACAAAUCUAAAAAAAACACAAUAUAUAACAUGGUAUUCUAAUAAAUUUUCAGCCAUGGCACAACAGGAAAAUAAUAUUUUUGUGAAUCAUGUAGACUUGGGUGCAAUUAAACUUUGAGCUUUAAAAAAAAAAAAAAAAAAAAAAAAAAACUUUUAAUGUGUUUU